AUGCCAAGCCAGGCCAAUCCGUUUCAGCAGUGCUACAAGAAGUUGGACAGUGGACAUGCAUUCUAUGAUCUCAACGAGCUUCAUGACGAGAGGGCUAAGAAGCUGCCGCUGUCCAUCCGUAUUCUGUUGGAGUCCGCGGUUCGUAACUGCGACGAGUUCGAAGUUAAGUCGUCUGAUGUUGAGAACAUUUUAAACUGGUCUGAGACCUCUAAGAAUCAGACUGAGAUCCCCUUCAAGCCCGCACGAGUCAUCCUACAAGAUUUCACUGGUGUUCCCGCGGUGGUCGACUUUGCAGCUAUGCGUGAUGCUAUGGACCGUCUUGGUGGUGACCCUGCAAAGAUCAACCCUUUGGUACCGGUAGACUUGGUUAUCGAUCACUCUGUGAUGGUGGACUACUCCCGAUCUCCUGAGGCUCUCGAGAAAAACCAAGAGUUAGAAUUUCAGCGCAACGGAGAACGCUUUGCUUUUCUGAAAUGGGGAGCCGAGGCCUUCGACAACUCGAACAUCGUGCCUCCUGGGUCCGGUAUUGUUCAUCAAGUAAACCUCGAGUACUUGGCUAGAGUAGUUAUGAACGCCACUGAGGAGGGCGCUGUUCUCUAUCCUGAUUCCCUUGUUGGCACCGACUCUCAUACUACUAUGAUUGACGGUCUUGGUGUUGCCGGAUGGGGUGUUGGUGGAAUAGAGGCCGAAGCGGUGAUGCUUGGUCAGCCGAUCUCUAUGGUUCUGCCAGAGGUUGUCGGAUUUAGGCUCACUGAUCGACUUCCGGUCACGGCCACAGCUACUGACCUUGUUCUGACCUGUACCAAUAUGCUGAGGAAGCGAGGAGUGGUUGGUAAAUUCGUCGAGUUCCACGGCCCUGGUUGUGCUACUCUGUCGCUUGCUGACAGAGCGACCAUUGCUAACAUGGCGCCUGAGUACGGUGGAACCAUGGGUUUUUUCGGUGUCGAUCAGAAGUCUCUGGACUAUCUCCUCCAAACUGGUCGUCCUAAGCACGUGGUUGAGUUGAUCGAGAAAUACCUCAAAGCUAACGGCCUUUUCCAAGAUUACUCUGAAGAUCGCGAGUACUCGGGCGAGCUGAUGCAGUUGGACCUGUCCACAGUUGUUCCUUGUGUGUCGGGCCCUAAAAGGCCUCAUGACCGCGUCGCUGUUACUGAUUUGCCAAAGGACUUCACUGAUGGUCUCAGCACGCCNNNNGAGGGCCGUGUGCAUCCCUUAACAAGGGGGAACUAUCUUGCUUCUCCACCCCUUGUUGUUGCCUAUGCUCUGGCUGGUCGUGUCACCAUCGACUUCGAGAAGGAUCCCCUAGGCGCUGAUCCUGAGGGCAAGCCGGUUUUCCUCCGUGACAUUUGGCCCUCUUCUGAAGAGGUUGCUGCUGUCGAGAGGAGUUGUGUGUUACCGGAGAUGUUCACCGAGAAUUAUAAGAAGGUCUUGCAUGCUAACAAGAGGUGGACUCAGUUGGCAGCUCCGUCUGGGAAGUUGUUUGCUUGGGCUGAAGGAUCGACGUACAUCACGAAUCCUCCAUUUUUCAAGACUACCGAGAUCGAUCCAUCUCCAAUAGAGUCUAUCGAAAAUGCUUACUGUCUACUCAAUGUUGGCGACUCUAUCACGACCGAUCACAUAUCUCCCGCAGGGAAAAUAACUGCGAAUUCUCCUGCUGGUCGCUAUCUUAUGGAGAACGGUGUACAGCCGCCCGACUUCAACUCCUACGGUUCGCGUCGUGGCAACUAUUUGGUUCUAGCUCGUGGCACUUUCGCUAACAUUCGUCUCAUCAACAAGUUGAUGGAUGGUGAGGUUGGGCCGAAGACGGAAUACGUACCCACUGGCGAGAAGAUGUUCGUAUAUGACGCUGCUGAGAAGUAUAUGAAGGAAGGUCAUUCGCUUAUCAUCCUCGCGGGUGCUGAGUAUGGCAGUGGCUCCAGUCGAGAUUGGGCCGCGAAGGGCCCGGCUUUGCAAGGCGUUAGAGCUGUUAUUGCUAAGAGUUAUGAGAGAAUUCACAGGUCGAAUCUGGUUGGCAUGGGUAUCUUGCCACUGCAGUUCCCGCAAGGUGUUGAUGCUGAUUCCCUGGGACUAGAUGGUCGUGAGCAAUUCUCGAUCAAUCUCAAUCAUGGUGAUCUGUCUGUGGGGCAGAAGAUUACUGUGCGAACUACUUCCCCUAAGACGCCUUCUUUCGACGCUAUUGUCCGUCUUGACACCGAAGUUGAGCUGACCUACUUCAAGCAUGGUGGCAUUCUGCAGUAUGUGCUUCGCAGGCUUGCAGCGUAA